AUGGAAGAAGAGACCGUCUCACUUAUUAUUGAAGAUGAACAGAUACUGGUUGACAAACAGACAUUGGUAAACCACAGUCAAUAUUUCCGCGCCAUGUUCUCUUCUGGCAUGCGUGAAUCUACACAGAAGUCCGUCGUGCUCCAUGACGUCACCGUCGACGUCAUCAGAAAACUGCUCAACUUCUUUCAGACCGGUCAGCUGACGUUUGAACAAUCAGGUACUCAAGAAAUCCUGACGACGGCGAUAUUCUUACAGAUGGAUGACGUCAUCAGUCAUGCAAAGAUGAGCGUAACGGUUGAAAAUGCAGCUGAAAUGUUUGAAGUUGCCGACCUGCACUUUCUUCCCGAUCUCGAGAAAGCUACUUUAAGACAUCUCAGUAUCAAUUAUCUUGAGUUGCUACGGUCUAACACCUUUGAAAGACUGACAGAAGAACAACAGGAAGCUGUUCGGUCCCUCCGAUUCGGCGGCAAAGACACCAUAUGCACAAUCGGGUCAUACGACAAAGAUGUACAUCUGACGCAAGACGCCCCACGAACAAUGCACCUCUUGGACGUGCAAACUGGCGAUUGGACGCCAUAUUGCGAUGUCCCGUCGUCUUUUUCAACCAACGCAUGCGGUGUAGCCUCCCUGCACAACUACCUGUUUCUCACGGGCGGUUUUACCUCCUUCAAAAGCGACCAGAUGCAGAAAUCUUCCAUUUGUUUCGACGUAUUAACACACAAGUGGACACCGUUUGCAGCAAUGACUGACUCAAGAGCUAACUUCGCAUUUAUCGGUCUAGGAAAUACUCUUUACGCCAUAGGCGGCAACCAACUGUGCAGAUCGUGUGGGUCAAACACUAAAGCCUUAGCUUCAGUGGAAGCUUACGAUUUACGCAAAGGCUCGUGGAAAAGACUCGAGCCUCUUCCUACUGAUAUGAUUAAGCCUUGUGUAGCUGUUUGUAUGGGGAAGAUAUACAUUACUUUAUCAUUUGAUAACGGAGAGAAAUUGUACACACUGUUACAGUGUACUGGGCAGUGGAGAAGAGUUAGCACGGUUAGAAAGAGCCGUUUUGUCUUUAGCAUGUCAUCCGUGCAUGAUACGCUGUACCUGAUUGGUGGAAGGCCCGGGGAUUUCUCAUGCUACAAUGUAACCACCGGCCAAUGGUCGACCUUGUUUAAAUCGUAUUCGGAACAGUAUCUUGACGAUUGCGUGUCUCUUGGUGAUACGGUUUUUAUGGUGAGUUCGAACGCGACUCAAUGUUACAAUGUGAAAUCGCGACUUUGGGAUUGUUACAGAAUUCCCGGGUCGCCCACCAAUGGUUACAUGAGAACCAGAGUCAUCAACAUCUCACCACGUAACAUCAGUAAACUAGAGAUAGAGCACGAGAAAUAA